AUGAUAAACCAGGUCAGAGGUUAUAAACAAAUUAAUAGGCAAUAUACAAUAGCUUUCACUAAAACACAGAUUUAUUCUCAUAUCGAGUUCACGAACUUCAAGUGCACAUCCAUGGCUAAGGACGUGGCCGAUAUCGAAUACUGUUUUCUAAAAUCAGUUAAUCGAACUUAUCAAUACCUCUCCACCCGGAUUAAGGUAUUAAAAUUACUGAACAGCCUAAAGGUGAAUUUUGGAUUGCACCAGCAGAUCAAUGGGUAUAAGCCCUUCCUAUACAACAUCACUAUUGACGGUUGCCAAUUCAUGAAGAACACAAAGUCCAAUGUAGUCGCCAAAUACUUUUACGAUUUUAUAAGGAAUAUCAGCAACUUGAAUCAUUCCUGUCCGUACAACCACGACAUUAUAAUGGAGAAACUUACCUCUGAGACUAUUAAUUCCCGACUACCAAAAACUCUGCCCUUUCCCACAGGAAACUACAUGUUUCAGACCUAUUGGAUUGCCAAUGAAAAGUACCGUGUGGUAACCAAGAUAUAUUUCUGUCAUUAUUGA